ACCUCGACCUAGCGAUACCCUAUUGUUGCGUUCUAGCGUAUUUACAUUUAUUUCCAUAGGGAAAUCCUAACAGAGCUCGCGUGUACAGUAAUUCAAUUUGUCCUGCACGAAUACCGUUGUUUUUACAUUGGCUAAAUGAAAACAUCCCAACCAUGUUUAAAUAUUGUAAUUUGGAAUGAUUCCACUAUUCGUAUCAAUUUGCGACUAUUUCAAUUGGAGACUAUUACUUUGAAGACUAACGCAGAUUCCACUAUUUUGGCAAAUGCUUGUAGUGGCUAGCUUCACUCGUUUUGCAUGACUGGAUUGAAGGUAGUAGCCAAAUCAGCACACCAGUCAGUCCUCUUUUAGGCUUGACACUGUGGACGGAUGAUGCCUAUUUUAGGUUAAUACGUAUGUGAGUACAGUACAAAUGACGUCGUUAUGAAGACUAUUUUCAAUGGUGCAGGUGGAGAUUGGUGGAAACAGUAGAGUGGAGAGUGGAUCUGCUGCACCAUGUACUCUGACUGGCGCUCGCUGCACCUAGUGGUGCAGAGUGACCAGGGCCACCUCAGUGUCCUGCACACAUUCCCUAAAGGCGUGGGGCUGGAGGUGGCCAAUGCAGUGGUUAAGCCCUUGGGGACGACCAUGAGCCCUGUGGCCACAGAGAACAUCCUGAAAACCGACAAAGAGGUGAAGUGGACCAUGGAGGUGCUGUGCUAUGGCCUAACUCUUCCCCUGGAGGGGGACACGGUGAAGCUAUGUGUGGACGUGUACACAGACUGGAUGAUGGCCCUGGUGACACAGAGAGACUCCAUCCCACAGCCGGUGGUGAAGGAGCCAAACCUGUAUGUCCAGGUCAUCCUGAAGCACCUGUACAACGUCUUCCUACCCAGGCCAGAACAACACAGUCUGAGUCACAUCCGGCUGUGCCAGCAGGUGUUGACAGCGGUGCAGAAGCUGGCCAGGGAGUCUGUCUCCAUGGUGAGGGAGACCUGGGAGGUUCUUCUGCUCCUCCUCCUCCGGAUCAAUGACACACUACUGGCUCCUCCCACCAUUGGAGUGGGUGUGGCAGAGAAGCUGGCAGAGAAGCUGAUGGCAGUGCUGUUUGAGGUGUGGCUACUGGCCUGCGCCCGCUGCUUUCCCACUCCGCCCUACUGGAAGACCGCCAGAGAAAUGCUGGCCAACUGGCGGCACCAUCCCCCUGUAGUGGAGCAGUGGAGCAGGGUGGCCUGUGCUCUCACCUCCAGGAUGCUGCGAUUCACCCAGGGCCCCUCGUUCCCUCAGUUUAAAGUCCCUGAGGAGGACACCAACCUAAUUCCAGUGGAGAUGGACAACGACUGUGUGGCACAGACUUGGUUCCGCUUCCUCCACAUGCUGAGCAACCCUGUGGACCUGAGUAACCCAACGUUGGUAAGCACCACGCCCAAGUUCCAGGAACAGUUCCUGAACUCCAGCGGCAUCCCCCACGAGGUGGUGCUCCACCCCUGCCUCAGGCAGCUUCCACUGAUCUUCUUCCGGGCCAUGCGGGGGGUCAGCACACUGGUGGAGGCCUUUCUAGGCAUCUCACGGCUCCGGGCUGACAGUGCCCCACCCACGCCGGUCAACAGACUGAGCAUGUCCCCACCCUCCAACAACACCACCCCUCCACACAGCCGCAAGCAGAGGCACACCGUGGUCACCAAAACCACCAGCAAGAGUUCCAAUGUCAUCGCAGCCCAGCCGGCCAAAGUGUCUGUGUCGCAGCAGUCGUCAUCGUCCCCAACCCUGCUGGCCAGCCCCAACCAGAGCAGCUGGGAAACGCGGCCCCUGCCCGCCCCCAACAGGCCCAAGGUCAACAGCAUCCUCAACCUGUUCGGCCAGUGGCUGUUUGACGCGGCCCUGGUGCACUGCAAGCUCCACAGCAGCCUCAGCCGAGACCCCAGCAUGACUGCCAUAGCCACUCAGGUGGGUCUGGAGCUGAGAAGGAAGGGUUCCCAGAUGUCCACUGACUCUGUGGUGUCCAACCCAAUGUUCGAUGCCAAUGAGUUCCCAGAGAGCUUUGAGGCUGGGCGUGCUGAGGCCUGCGGCACCUUGUGCCGCAUCUUCUGCAGUAAGAAGACUGAAGAGGAUAUUCUACCAGUCUACCUUUCCAGGUUCUACAUGGUUCUGAUACAGGGCCUCCAAAUCCGGGAUUUCAUCUGCAGACCUGUGCUGGCCAGCAUCAUUCUCAACUCCUCCUCUUUGUUCUGCUCUGACCUGAAGGGCGUCAAUGUGGUGGUCCCCUACUUCAUCUCAGCUUUGGAGACCAUUUUGCCAGACCGGGAGUUGUCUAAGUUCAAGCCCUACGUGAACCCCACAGAUCUGAGGAGAGCUUCCAUACAAAUCCUGCUGGCCAUGUUGCCUCUUCCACACCACUUUGGCAACAUCCAAUCUGAGGUUCUUCUGGAGGGGAAGUUCAGUGAAGAUGAUGGGUCACCUCAUGACCAGUCCGUUUCCUUCCUGUCCCUGAGACUACGUCUGGUCAAUAUCCUCAUCGGAGCCCUGCAGACGGAGACGGACCCCUACAACACCCAGCUCAUUUUAGGUGCAAUGCUCAAUAUUGUUCAAGACUCUGCACUGCUGGAAUCCAUAGGUGCCCAAACUGAAACGGGCAGUGUGGAUGGCAGCAACACUGGGCACAGCCGCACCAGCAGUGGAAUCAGCUUCACUAGCACUGGCACAGAGGCCACCAGCCCAGACUCCGAGCGCCCGUCCCAGGCUCUACUCCGUGACUAUGCUUUUCCAGAUACGGCUGCCGGCCUCCUUGUGCGCAGCAUCCACCUGGUCACCCAGAGGCUGAACUCCCAGUGGAGGUCUGACAUGAGCAUCUCUCUGGCCGCCCUGGAGCUGCUGGCCGGCCUGGCCAAGGUGAAGGCGAGCGUGGACUCGGCGGACCGGAAGCGCGCGCUCGGCUCGGUCUGCGGUUACAUUGUGUACCAAUGCAGUCGUCCGGCACCCCUUCACUCCAGAGACCUCCACUCUAUGAUCGUCGCGGCCUUCCAGUGCCUGUGUGUGUGGCUGACUGAGCAUCCCAACAUGCUGGAUGAGAAGGACUGUCUGGUGGAGGUGUUGGAGAUUGUGGAGCUGGGUAUCUCAGGCAGCAAGUCCAAACAAGAACAGGAGGUGAAGCGCAAGGGAGAGAAGGAGCACAACCCUGCCUCCAUGAGAGUGAAGGAUGCAGCCGAGGCCAGUCUCUCCUGUAUUAUGCAGGUUUUGGGGGCCUUCCCCUCCCCCAGCGGGCCAGCUUCCACCUGCAGCCUGCUGAAUGAGGACACUCUGAUCCGCUACGCCCGGCUCAGCGCAACAGGGCCCAGCAACUUCCGCUACUUUGUCCUGGACAACUCUGUUAUCCUGGCCAUGCUAGAGCAGCCGCUGGGCAACGAACAGAACCCUAGCCCUUCAGUGACUGUCCUGAUCCGCGGCAUGACUGGUCGGCACGCUUGGACCAUGCAACUUUUUCACCAGCCCAGGGCAGCCCGGGCCAACCAGAGGCAGAUGUUUGUGCCUGAGAGCCGGCCAGCACCCAACAAUGAUGUGGGGAUCCACUACAACAUCAAGCAGAGGCCCUUCCCUGAAGACGUGGACAAGAUCCCUCUGGUCAAAGCCGAUAUCAGCAUCCCGGACCUAGAUGACAUUGUCAACAAGGAGCUGGAGAUGCAGCAUGAUAGGCUACGCAGCAUGAUGACCAAGCAGAUCGAGUUUGAGUGUUCCCUAGAGCGCCACAGCGAGGAGGUCUGGAGUUCAAAGUACUUCCCUGAACCCCGGACCGACUGCAAACCCCCUCCACCUGCCCAGGAGUUUCAGACUGCCCGUCUCUUCCUUUCACACUUCGGCUUCCUGUCUCUGGAGGCACUAAAGGAACCGGGCAACAGUCGCUUACCACCACACCUUAUUGGACUGGAGUCCUCCAUGCCUGGGUUUUUUGAUGACAUCGCCUACCUGGACCUGUUACCAUGCCGACCUUUUGACACAGUCUUUGUUUUCUAUGUGAGGGCAGGACAGAAAACCAGCCAUGAGAUUCUGAAGAAUGUGGAGACUUCAUCCAGCGUCAAGCCUCAAUUCCUGGAGUUUCUUCUGUCCCUAGGCUGGCCCGUGGACGUGGGUCGGCACCCCGGCUGGACCGGACACCUGGAUACCAGCUGGUCACUUAACUUCUGCAGCAGUGAAAAUGACUCCCAGCAGACAGAAGAGGCAGUUCCACCAGAGGACACUGGUGGUUCUCUAUUCAACGGGGAGAAGAAGGUUCUGUAUUACGCUGACGCUUUGACCGAGAUCGCCUUUGUUGUUCCAUCGCUUACGGACUGCUCAGAGGAUUCCUCGGUGCAAAGUGAUUCUACAGUUGAGGGGGAUACACACACAGACCUGCCUAGUAUACAAAAGCAAGCAAAUCAACCAAAUCUAACCCUGGAGCUCUUCCCCAACAACUCUGACAACCUAGCAGCUUCUCAACGGAAUUCUAUGGUGAAGACCAAGAGGUCCUCCACAGGAAAGACUGCUCCUCCGCUAGGGCCUGAAACCAAGGUGCUGGUGGUUUGGGUGGAGCGCUACGAUGACAUCGACAACUUUCCCCUGUCUGAUCUCUUGGCGGAAACCAGUACAGGUUUGGAGGCAAACCCUAACAACAGCACUUCCUGCAGAUCUGGUCUCCUGGAGAAGGAGAUGCCCCUGAUCUUCAUCCACCCCCUGAGGACGGGUUUGUUUCGGGUUAGGCUCCACGGGGCCAUGGGCAAGUUCAGCAUGGUCAUCCCCCUGGUAGAUGGCAUGGUGGUCAGCCGCAGAGCACUAGGAUUUCUGGUGCGCCAAACGGUGAUCAACGUAUGCCGGCGGAAGCGGCUGGAGAGCGAGACGUACAGCCCACCGCAUGUUCGACGUAAACAGAAGAUAGCUGACAUUGUUCACCGCUACCGCAACAAACAGCUGGAACCUGAGUUCUACACCUCGCUCUUCCGAGAGGUGGGAGAGGGGAGGCCUAUUCACCUUUGACCCCGCCUCCUUUAAAAACACUGACACACACAGACUGCAGCCUGUCUCUGUCCUAAACACACACACACACACACACAGCCCCAGAUGCUCUAUAUUUAUACGGUUCUAUUUUGUUAUUUAUAUCAAACACAUUGCUGCCAUUAACGUUGAGAGCAAUGUGUUUAGAGUUACUUUGGUAGUGCCCACAUGGUAGCCAAGCCACUAAUCCCCUGUUUAUCUCUGUCAUGCAACAGUCAAUGUACGUUCAGUUACUGCACAUCCCUACUAGUGUUUGCCUUGUGGCAACAGUUUUUGACGCAAUAGAACAGUCUAGUUGGCCGGUUUUUCUGUUGUUGUUGUUGUUGUUGUUGUUUUUACAUUGUGAUGGAAAUUGACUGACUUAAUUGGCCUUUACAUCUUUCAUAUUUGAGUUUGUGGUUUGAUGUACUUUAAACGUACGCCCCAAACUAAUUAUAUAGGUUUACGUGAUCAUAUUGACACAGCUAGGCAGAAGAUGAGAAUUUGGAAUUUAAAGGCAAACAUGUAGGCUGAUACCGUGCUGGAGCUACAGUUGGAUCAAUCAACUUUACAUGAUGGAUCCAUACAUGACCUUGAAAGUGUUUAGUCAUUACAAACUAUUAACUGAUUAAUGAUGUGUUUAGGGAUUUUAUGUGCUUUACUGGAUGGAGACCGUUAAGAAAGUUGGAGUGUUUUGCUGUAAAUGAAGUGGCCUAGAUUCAAACCCAUGCUCCAGUGUUACAUGUGCCCAGGAGGCAGCAGCUUCCACCACUGGAAUGCCACUACGCCACAAACUGAAUUAAGGGUUUAAUGGAUGCCAUGCCUCUUCACACAAAAAGUAUACAGAGUUUUGUCUCUUGACCCUUUAAAGACAUGAUGAUGAUGAUGAUGGUGAAGAUGCAGGGAAUCCUACAGUAAAUACUAUGUAUGGCCUUAGCAAAUAACAGGCAGUUUUAAAAUAUUUGUAUUCUUACAAAAACAUGUAUAUUUCACUACCUUUAAAAAAGAAAAAAAUGCUGAAAAUUGCAUAUUCAGUCUAUAGAACGCAAACUACCCGAAGAUUAAUUGAAAUCAGUAAAUGCAUUUAAAUGGUUGCUUCUCCCCUGUAUCCUACCGUAAUUCUGAGGUUUUCAUAGAACCUUAAGGUGUGUUGGUGAACUAUCCCUUUAAUGUUGGUCGGCUGCAGAGAUAUCACACACAUUGUUCUUACAAUGAAAUGGUUAACUUGACCAGUAUAAUUCUUUCCAGCUCUGGACCAUUUUUGACAUGGUUCGUAAUGCACUAUUUUACUAUGAGAACCAUGUUGAUGUGAACUUUCCAUCUGCAAUGUUUCUUCAUCCCAUGCAAAGGGAUAUCUCUACUGUAUGCAGCGUCAGUGAGAUCAGAGACAGUCUAUCUUGGAAAGGGAACACGGUACAUACCGUUCCUCUCUGCUGAUGGUACGUCCCACUAGGUACAGACAUUUCAACCAUUUGUUGUCCCCCAGGGAGGGGUUAUUUUUCGGUCUCAUCACACACAAUAUCUUUAGAUACCACUAGUUUCAGUUUUGAGAACUUGGGUCGAUAAUGCGUCUUGCCAUAGAGGUCUGUCUUUUUUAAAAGUACACCACCGUAUUGCCAAUCACAUUUUGCAAAGUCACUCCUAACCCCAUUGGAUUCAAUACAUGAAUCCCUGUCUAGUCCAGGAACAAAGGCUCAAUCCCAAACAAUCAUGUUCCCCUUGGCCCUUCAUUUUGGUGUGCACGUUCCCCUUCUCGAUUUGCACAAGUGUGCCUGAAGCUGAGCGGGUAAAACUUAGACCCCCACCCCCCAGUGGCUCCAGCUAGUCUGAAAUGUAGUCUGGAUGUAGCCUUCAUGAGCAAAGCUUCAUCAAAAUAGGAACCACAUUACUCUAAAACUUUGGAAAUGUUUCAGAUUAGUACCUGAAACACAGCAAUAGAGGGCCUACAGUAUUUAUGAUGGAUGACAAGUUUACGGUGACCUUAUUUGGAUUUACAUUUGGUUGACAAUAUCACCUUGUCAUUUAUAUGAUUUAGGUUUGAUUGAAAGAAAUGAAAUUCACUUAUGUUGAUGCCAUUUAAUUCAGUGCCAUCGCAUCAUAUUUGUUAAAUAUAAACAACAUUGGUACUGCCUGUUUUUGUGGAGUGAAAUGGUUCUUUAAAAUUCUGAAGUACACUUUUUGCCAAUGUGUAUUACUCUUCUUUAAAUGCACCUCUUUGGAUGCUGAGAAAAUGUUAUUUUUGAAUGUGUGAAUUAUCUCUAGACUAUUUUUGCAUCCCAUAAAAACAAAGGGUAUGUGAAAAUGCACUUUGUUUGGAUGGUAAUGUUUACUGAUAAAAUAGGAAAAGUAGUUACAUAUUAUUUGGAAUUAUGAGAAAAUUAAAAAUCCAGGUAUACAAUCUUAAUUUUUUGCAUAUUGCAGUUGGUUUACCGAUUUGUGUUUACUUAAAGUUCUUAAAACCCCUGAAGCAAAAACCCUUUACUUACUGUCUGAAAUAUUUUAUUUAUGGCAAUGGUUAAAAAAGGGGAAAUCCCUUCCAACAUAUUUCUAAAACUUUUCUCAUGGGAUGUCUUAAUGCACUGAGCAAAUCUAAUUAUUGUUCUUUUGUAUAUUUAUUUUGGUUUUACACAGGUCUGCAGUUUAGAAAUAUCAUGUGAAAUGUGAAUGACAAAAGGACGUAGGGCUGGUUAUGUGGACACAGGUAAAGUCUAGUCCUUCAUAGUCCUUUGAGCAUAGAUUUUAGUCCAGGACUACACUUAAUCUGUGUAUGCAAAAAUUGCCCAUUAGUCUGACUUUUUGUUCCAUCUUUAAUUGAAUACAUAAUGGGUUACUUUUAUGCUUUUAUGAUUUUAUGUGCUUUUGAACGAAAAAAUAUUUGGUAUAGUACAUAUGAAAUAAAUAGUUAAAGCAUUUGCUUAAUCAAUAUUGCAUCUUAUCCUAAAUUACUUCUGUUUGGUAAUAAUGACUUUUGAUGUAUAGAAAGAAAGACUGGUAUGUAAAUAUAAGAAAGUGUGCAUUAUGUCAGUGGUCUGUUGCGUUACUAAUUUAAAAAAGCAAAGAAAAUGUAUGUAUGCAAUGGUCUGGGAAAAUCACAUUGGAUAAUGAAUGUAACCUGAAUUGAUUCAAACUUUUAAUAGUCAUUCAAUUUCUUUUAAUUCCCAAACUUUGUUGUUUUGGAAGAAUAAAGUAAAAUAAAAUCACA